UUAUCAUAUAGUGUUGGACAUGCUGUAUAAGGAUCCAAAAAAUGUUGGAAUUACAUGUAAAUAAGUUUAGCAUGUUAUCAAGCCGGAAUAUAGUACUUUUAUUUUUACUAAUCGUCAGAUUAUCUAUGCUUCAUUGUAUGGAGGACCCAUGUCACAGUGACAUAGAUGAACGCUUAAACAUCACUUUCAACACUUCCACAACAUUUAAUCUAGCUAACGUUAGCGACAUUGGAAAGUACAACAUUCAUGUAACAUUUUCAUGGAAUGUCGAAGGAGAUGAAGACUAUGAUGGCUUUUUAUAUAAAUUUGAAGACAGGGAUGAUGUUUUGAACGGAGUUCAAAAGAGAAAAAGUUCAACUAAAAUGCGUUUUAGGCCGUUCGGCUCUAGAGGAUUCAGCAGAAUUAUCCCUGCAUGUAAAAAAGCAACAGGAAAAGAGAUAUGGAUUAGUACUAACGGUACAGAAAAUCAAUGUGAAAUGCCAUGUUUAGAAUAUAUAACCAAUGAAUGCAGAUCCGAUGAGCUGUGCAAUUUACUCAAUAGCGGAUAUAUAUCAGUACCAAAGAGUGUUCGAAAUGUAACAUUAACUGGAAAGUUUGGAAGAGUGUAUGACUUAAAAAUGAAAGCAUAUCGAGGUAAAACAAUUGGAAAAUACUUCGAUGUUGAAAACCAUGAUUUACCGUCUUCUGAUCCAAUAUAUUGCAACAAUAAAUUAAUUGAAGAAAUCGGCAUUGAGAAAGACAUAGCAUUUGAAUUUUGCAAAAAAGAGCAAAAGAUUGCAGAUUUAGUAUCUUCCUCCGGCCCACCAGCCGACUUCGAAGAGGUACGGAUCUCUCGAAAUUUAGAGACCAAUAGGGGAGAAAUUGUGUUUCGCUGGCACUCGCCAUACGAUAUAUCACAUCGAACAACAUUGAAUGCGUUUGAUGUAUCAGUAACUGAUGGUAUAUUGAAGCAGACAAGAGUAAUAGCAUUACAAAACAACACUGAACAUUAUUAUGAAGAUAUUGUAUCUAACAUAAAGUUUGGAAAGAAAGGUGUAAUAACUGUGACGCCUAUAUUCACAUCAAAUUGCAAAGAAAAUGGUAGUUUAUUUGAAUGCGUCAAUCACGGAGUGUCGAGACUCCACACUUUCUUCGUCGAAGAUAUUGACGCGUGUGCAAACAGAAACGAAGAAAUAAGAUAUUGUGACAGUAUUGCAUCUUGCUAUGAUUUGGCACCAGAAAACACGACAGCGGCAAUUUGUUCUUGUCCUGCUGGAUAUGAUGGCAACGGAGUGAAUAACUCAUUUGAAUCAGGAACUGGAUGUUUCGAUCACGACUCGUGCUCUGCUGAUGAUCAUAAUUGCGUUUCGGAAGCCAUAUGUAAGGACCUCCCCCCUCCUGAUUAUAGUGCGAUCUGCACGUGCCCAUCAACACAUAUUGGCGACGGACAAAUCAAUGGAACAGGCUGUACCUCCCUGUCAUUGGUACUUGGACUUGGCGUCGGGUUACCUUUAGCAAUUUUAACAGUAUUGUUGUUAUGGCUUGCUGCAUGGAGACUUAAAGUGACAAAAAAAAGAGAAAUUGAGCUGAAACUCUCCAAGUUCAUUGUAACUAAAGAGACGAAUAAUAUUAUGAAAAAUGGAAAUGCCAAUGGACAUGCGCAAAAAACGGCAACCUUGGGCAUAUUUGGUGAAAAAUGGGAGAUCGAUAGAAAUAAUCUUGAGUUCAAAGAGGUGAUUGGAAGAGGUAACUUUGGUGUUGUUCAUAAAGCACUUUUGAAAACGCCAGCAGAAGAAAAAGUAGUCGCUGUUAAAUCGAUACCAGAAACUUACGACGAGUCUGGGAAAAAUGCGUUUUUAGCAGAAAUAGCCUUGAUAUCAAAUAUUGGCACCCAUCGGAAUAUAAUGGGGAUUAUCGGAUGUUGCACCAUAGGCGAUUCACCACUUUGCUUUGUCACAGAUCUUAUGAAAUAUGGGGAUCUUCUGCAUUUUCUUUGGAAUGCCCGAGAGGAAUCAAAGCGGUCACAGGACCCGGCGUACUGCUUGACAGAACUAGAUAUUCAUAAGAUUGGAAAAGAAGUUGCUGAAGGAAUGCAAUAUUUAACGAAUCUCAAAAUCAUCCACGGCGACGUGGCAGCAAGAAAUAUUCUUAUAGGAGAGAAUUUGUUAUGUAAAAUAUCGGAUUUUGGAUUGGCGAAUGACGUAUAUAGGUAUGGGGCGAUAAAAGAAGCUUGGGAGAAACGUGUUCCGAUCAAGUGGGUCAGUCCGGAACGUAUGAUGGAUGGAAAAGUACCAAUAACAUGGAGAAGUGACGUAUGGUCGUAUGGAGUACUCUUAUAUGAAAUUGUGACAUUGGGCGCAUCUCCAUAUCCCGCAAUACCUCAAGAAGAAAUAUUCCAAUUUCUGGAACGCGGAGACAGAAUGGCAAGACCUUUAACUUGCAGUGAAACUCUAUAUGGAAUUAUGCUCAAAUGUUGGAAGUGGACUCCUUCAAGUCGUCCAACUUUCAAACAACUGGUUAAAGACAUGGAUAUAGCGAUGACGUCGGGAGACGAAUUCCGAGAGAUUUCUGAAAUGGUGACAUCCUUAGACGUUGAAGCAUAUCAAUCAGAAAUUGCCUUUCGGAAUGGUGUUGCUUCUGCUUGAUUUAUUGCUCUUGAGUUGGCGAUAAUCAAAAUUUCAGUCAAAUGUCUGGUUGGUUCUCGAUGGAAUUGACACUGCAAAGGUGUUGAUCUGGAAUUUAAAAUGCACAAAUUAUAUAGACUGCGCCAUGAAUCUUGGAAAACAAACAGUGCGCAGGAUUUUGUCAUCUAUUUCGUAAUGAUCAAUGACUAAGGAAAAUGGGGUCAGUUCAGGUAGAGGCUAAUUUUGGCCGAUCCAUAAGUAUGUGGAGUAUACCAAUAUAUAAGUAACUAAUGUUGUUCGCCUACUUUACAUCAAGUUGUGUAAUUGGACGAAAGGCUAUGGAAAGGGGGUAUAUUUACUUGCCUAACACAAACAGUCCCCGGACUCGUAAUAGAACUGAAAUAAGGAAAAUCGGAAUAAAAUCAUGGCCUAACCUUAACCUGGUACACAUACUACGGGAGUACCCAAUUUUGUUUAUAUGUACACAACAAAAAGGGAUACUCGAAAGUUGAAAAUGUUCAAAAUUAUUGCUCAACCGAUUGAUAUAAAUUUAUAAUUCAUGCGUUUAUUCUUCAAUUGUACUUAUAUCAUUGUCAAAUAUCGAUUCCAGUUGUUGUCAACAUCAGCACUUUUUUUCUGUUCAGCAGAUUUAUUUGUUAACUACCUCGCAUGCAGCAUACUGUAUUCAAAUUCAUUUUCUUCAAUUUACUAAUUAUUGGACGUAGAAAUUAGUUUAAUCAUAAUAAAACGUUGAGUAUUUAUUACCUUCCUUUCAUACAACUGAGUUUGAUUUUUUCUGUGUUAUUUCUAUGAUAAAAAGUUAGCGGUCACAGAAAAAAAUAUUUGCAAUCGAAAGUAACAAAAAACUGUGUGAUGUUCAACUCAUAUAUACACCAGCUUUAGCAAAGUUCGUUUUUUCUGCUGUGUCAGUGUUAGGCAAUAAAAUUAAAUUCAGACACAAAAACGAGCAAAAUAUUUCACUAAUCAAUUUUAG